AGCGGUUGGUCUAAAUUCCAGAAGACCAUAACAAACCACAACAAGAUUCGGACGCGAUUCUACCAGUUUCCUGUUUAAGUGGGGAGAUAAGCCAUAACUACCAGUGUAAAGGACCUUGUGUGGAUGUGUUGGUAAUUCUGUGACUUACAGCAGGUCAUUCAUAUUCAAAAUGUCUAAGAAGACCACAUUUGAGCAGUUAUGCUCAGGAGUAAGUGGCUACUCCUGUGACGAGAGUUCAAUGGCCAGAUUAACUAAGGAGGAAAGUUUCAACGAUAUGAUAUUCAAGUUGUUAACCAAAUGCGAGACCAAUCUCAUUUUCCUCCCCUCGCCCACGUCUACCAUCAAACUCUUCACCCUCGACAUUGUCCCCAAUUUCACUAAUGCUUCCUUGGCUUCAGCCUGGACCACUUGCGAGAGUGAAGGUUACGACGGCAUGAACGUUCUGGCCGUCUUAGACACCGACAACAUGCCAGAGGCGGCGGCUGCGAAGUAUUCCUUCAGUAGGUUCAUCGAUUACGUUGUUCACCAGCUAGAGGCGCAUUUCAUGUUCCAGAAAGAUUUCCCCCAUUUCAGCCCUAAUGCCUUGAAUUACUGGAACGCCAUGGCCACUCAGGAUGCAGGCAUGAGGAGCUGUUCUAUUAUUAUGGCAUGGAAGUUCAACAGGAGACCUAUAGAAGACAUACUCAAUAGAUCUCCAUUGUCUCAACUCAACUCCAGCAUUAGUAGAAACGAUGAAGAAAAUGUAACCCCCAAAAUUGGGACUAAGACCAAAUCUACAUUUGUUGAGAAGACUGAAGACAAGAGGAGAAAAACCAUAACAGGUCAAGCAAGCAUACCUGUCAGAACAGGCCGAAGGGGACGUCCACGUUUGGUUGAGUUACCUGCCAGCAGUGCUGAUGACUCUGGAGAGGAAGAUACUGAAAUCUCUUUUAGGAAAAAACCAGAAGAUAUUAUUCCUGAGGUUAGAUACCUGAAGGGCAUGACACCUGCCAAGACUGCAGAACCUGUACAGCCAAUGGAGACAGAUGAUAUAACAUUGGGAUUUGAGAAGUCACAGCCAUCCAAAGGUGGGAGAAAGAGCACUGCACGCAAAAGUUUACUACCAGACUGGCCUGACGUGGAAAAACAACACAUUCUGGAAUUCUUUGACAACUUGAAUCCAGCAAAAGCAGAGCAAACACGUGUGGCACUUACUUGCAAAUUUGCCCAAAUGCAGUAUGAUCGUGAGUUGCCUUCCAAGCUUCUCUACCAGUGGAUACAGAAAAAGGGACGACCAGUACACAGGACAAUAACAAGUUUUGAGCUACCUGAAGUUGAGCAGAACAAAGCAACUGUUGACCUCUAUAAACAACUGAAUCCUGAAACUUCAGAUGUUAGUCGUGUAGCUUUUAUUUGCAAGUUUGUCAAUAUGCAGUAUGGAAUUUCUUUAACUUCUAAGGAGUUUAAUGACAUACUGAAUGGCAAAACAAAGAAGACUUCAAAACGGCGAUGAAUAUUUUCUGUAUAAGGUAACAUUUUAACCCAUGUUCAUGUUGUUUGAACAUAUCACAGGGAAUUUUUAGUUGGUCUUCUGAUGUGUAAAGGCAUGUAAAAAAAAAGAAAGAUUAAUUCCAUUUUUUUCAAUGGUUUAUUUUUAGAAAUACUAUACUAUAGUACUUUGUCGUAAAUUUUUUGAUAGCCAGAUAGAUAUCUGCCAGUAAUAUUUUUGUAAUGGUUUACUUUUAGAAAUACUAUACUAUAGUACUUUGUCAUAGAUUUUUUUUGAUAGCCAGAUAGAUAUCUGCCAGUAAUUUUAGAGUGAACGUCAGAAAAUACUCACAUGCUUAAUGUAAGCAAGGAUGCGUCGUAUACAGACGUUUGAGGGAUACACUACAUUUUAUAUCCUUAUGUUUUACAAAUCAAGGUUGAAAUUGUUUGUACCUCAUGUUGGUUUGGUUUCUUUAUAGUACUUGAAUUUCCUGUUCAAGUAUUUUGUCUCUAGUUGCUUUAAGACACAUUCAUGAAGGUCUCCUUUGAUGAAGUACACAUAUUAUUUCCUCUUAUUAGUUAUUAAAGGGCAGUCUUGUCAUUGUUUUAGUUUCAUGUUGUGACCUUAUUGUUAUAAAAAAAUAAACGGAUAGCAUGUUACUUGGUUCAAACUUGUAGUUACCUUGUGAUUGAAGGUAUAAUAUGAUUAUGGUGUUGAGUAAUUUUUGUAGACUCAUUGUUACCAGUACCAUUUAAUUUUUUCUUAAAUUGCAAAAAGAUACUCAAUAAAAGGAGCUAUGUGAACUUUUUUUAAUGUACAGUAUCAAAAAAAAUGUCAGGUACAAAUUUUAAUGAAAGUAUUGAAGAUACCAAUAUGUAUUAUUUCUUAGUAAUGUCAGGUACAAAUUUUAGUGAAAGUAUUGAAGAAGCAAAUAUUAAUUUCUUAGUAAUGCAUUAGUGAACAUUAUUGAUAAGAUUUUAUCCAUGUUAGUAGUAAAUAAAUGAAUAUGUUUGAUAAGAUCUUUGCUGCUGCAUAGUCUCUCAUCUUUAAUUAAGCUUAUGUACUGUUAGAACUUCAUAGAUGAUAUCAUUGUUUUUGAAGUAAACUUUUAAAAGAACAUCUAUCCUGGAUUUCAUCAUGUUUUUAGUAAACAAAUCAAUAUGUUUGCUUUAUGGUCUCAUGUUGCAUUACCUUUAUUAUACCGUUUAUAACUUUAGUGAUGAAAUUAUUGUUAUAGAAGUAAUCUUUUAAAUGAACAUUGUCCUGGAAGGGUACUUAUUUUGUAGUGUGUGCUAAAUUUUUGUAUUGAUAUUUAUACAGUAUAUAUUGCUUGCUUUGCUACCCUGAAAGAUGAUUCUAAUUAAAAGCUUUAUUAGAAUUUUAUGAAGAAAGUAGAAUAUGCUAGAUAUUUAUACUAUAAACCAUUUGUAUUGGACAUGCAGAUAACCUUAGUGGGCUUGCUUAGAUUGUGAAAGGAAAAAUAUAAGAGUUAAUUUU